AUGACGCUCACGGUGCUGUCCGAUGACCAGGUCAACUCCAUCUUUGAGAGCCUCGACCUCGAAGAGCUCGAGGAGUUCCGGCAUGUCCUGGCCUCGGCGCUGCACGAGUUCUCGACCGGCUCGCAAGUCGACGGCGCCGACGCUUUUCAACAGCCGCACCGCAUCACCACGCAGCACCCCGAGACCAAGGCGACGACCCUGUACAUGCCAUCAUGCGGUCCCGAGGGGAUGGGAUGCAAAGUUGUCUCCCUGACGACGUCCGCCGCUAUGCAGGACCCCUCGGUCAAGCCCAUCAGCCCGACCGGCGUCGUCAACCUCUUCUCCCCCGGCGGAGAGCUCACCGGCGUCGUCCACGCCAGCAGCCUGACCGCCUUCCGCACCGCCCUCGCCUCCGCGUGCCUCGUCGCGCGCCGCAACCAUGUGCGCGACAUCGUCGUCUUCGGCAGCGGCGCCCAAGCCUACUGGCACGUCCGCCUGGCCCUCAUGAUGCGUGGCGCCACCGUUCGCCACGUGCACUUCAUCAACCACCGCUUCUCCGCCAGCGCCGGGCUCAUCCUCAAGAAGUUCUCCGUCAUCCCGCAAGACGUCAAGGCGCGCGAGGGCUGGGCCGAGGCCAAGUUCUCGCUGCUGACGCCGUCGUUCCACGAGUUUGACCGUCUACAGAAGGAGCACCUACGCGCGGCGGACGUCGUGUAUUGCUGCACGCCGUCGCGCGCGGACCUGUUCGACGCGCACAUCCUGACGAGCCACGAGGGCCGCAGGAAGGGCCGGCUGAUCGUGGCGGUGGGCAGCUUCACGCCGGAGAUGCGCGAGCUGCCGGAGGCGCUGCUGCACCAGGUCACGAAGCAGCACGACAGGCACCACGACAAGCCGCACCGCCACUUCCACAAGCAUGCCGAGGAGGGCGGCGUCAUCGUCGUGGACACCUUGGAGGGCGUGCUGAAGGAGGCGGGCGAGAUCAUUGCCGCCAAGAUCCCCGCGACGCACCUUGUUGAGCUCGGCGAACUCGUCAUGCUUCACAGAUUACGAGUCGAGGAAUCCGAAGCGGAAGCCUCCGCAUCCGACGCGGCCAGCGACUUCGAACGCACCGACACGGCCGACUCCGGCUCGGCCAUGUCCGGUGUCUACGGCAGCCAGGCUGCUCCUCCCCCGCGGCCGGCGAGUCCCGCCAGCUCGACCUCGUCCGCACACAAGUCGACCUUCCACCUGCCGUUCCGCACCAAGUCCGGCUCGUCCUCGUCGGACCAGGGCGAGAAGAAGAAGAAGGAGGACCACAUGGUGCGCUGGCUGCGCGAUGGCACCGUCGUGUACAAGAGUGUCGGCCUCGGCCUAAUGGAUCUCGUGGUUGGCACGCAUCUCAUCAACGUGGCGACAAAGAAGAACAUCGGAACCCGUAUAGAGGGUUUCUAG